AUGCCUAGCCUCAUAGUACAGGAGCUGGAAAUCGACGACGUCUUCCACCUGAGCCUGUCGCCCCGCUUCAACUAUCUCAUCAAGGAGGACAGAGUCUGCAAGUCAAUUCUAGAGUCAAGGGCACCCGCAACCGCCGAGGCCGCAGAAGCAAGAUCGACUCACAAAUAUGCCUCCGCCCUGCGGAGGCUGUACAAACGGCGGCAGGCCAUACGAACCGCCGCCCCAUUCACGGCCGCUAUCGUUGCGGUGGCGGAAUCAUGGAUCUACGUGAACGGCACUCUGUGCCACAUAUCAGAGCGGAUGCUGCGAGUCCUGGACUUACACAAGUCUAGCGGUGAAGAGACCAUCAUCGACGUGAGAGCCUUAUUGGACGAGGCCAUCACCGCAUCCCGGGGUGCCCGAAAAUACAAGUUCCAGAUUCUUCACUACGCCGAGGGGAUCGUCUCAUGCCUCUACAUCCAUUGCAGACCAGUCGUGGAGAGCUGGCUAGUUGUCUUCAAUGUCAGCGAGCGCACUCUGUUGACCACCCUCAGUCUGGACACAACAUACAAGAUAUUUGUCCGAAAUGACCGCAACUAUCUCUACUUCGGAACACACUCGGAGUUCGGCGACGACGGGUUCCGGCGAUGGGUUCUCAUGGGCUAUGACAUCCAUGGCGGUCGGUGGUUUGACCAGAAGGUUCACCUCCUGGACAUGGUGGGCUCCGACAUUGGGCAAUCGAUCGCCUUCGAGAUCAUAGACGGCAAAUUUUAUGGGCUGUCCAACCAGACCAGCUUCGAGGUUGACGAGGUCGACUGGACUUCGCACUACCACUGCUUCAGGUUCCCCGUUGCGGCGCCGAAGCCAAAGACAACCGAGAGGUCUGUCAAGGACAAGAUGUGGCGAAGACAGCACGCAGAGGGGCCGAUCGAUGACCGGUGGUCAUUCAUUCGCCUCCUCCGUGAUGAACGGGACCCAAAGCAGCUACAGGUCCUCGAGUCCCGGAAGGAGUGGCUUGCUGGGAGUUCGGGCCGGCGUAAUUACUACACCACCCGGCUGGUCUUCCCGGAGAAGGCAGCCGACUCAGAAGACGGAGGCAGCAACCCCAGGGAUCCAAACCCCAACACCGUCGGCGGUGGUAUAAUAAUCAACCCAGUCACCGACACCGUCCCGGAGGUGAGACCACAUACCGGUUACGACCUACCGCACAGCACGACUCCGCCCCGGCCACGCUGUCCGUUUAGCACACACGCAGGCGAUGACGCCUCGACGGCACUCAUGUUCACCCUCAGCAAGUGCUUCAUACGUUCAUACCACCCUCCAAGCCAGACGUUCCUGGACCUGGUCGACGACCCGGAGCCCAGCACCUCCCCAGACGCUUUGCCGAGACUCCGCCUCCGGGCCGGGUCCCGCAAGCUCCGUCCCGCUCAGGCCAUUCUGGCGGACCCGGUGGCGCGAGACCCGGCCCAGCCGCACGCACGCCGCGCCGCCAGACUAUACGAGUCAGGGGCCAGCAACAAGAUCACAUUCUGGCCGCCGACGGCCGAGGAAGCUGACGACACGCGCACCGAUCCAGCACUCCUGGAGGAGCUCCACCGCGUCGUCAAUCCGCCUGAGCACGCGGGCGCCGUGAGGGGCGCGUGGGACGAGCGGUCACUGAUCUACUCCACGGGCGGCGGGCACUCCCGGGACGGCUCGAUGCAGGCGCUCGUUUUCGUGAGCUUCGAUCCUGGCAUCUGCCUGCCGGGGCUGAAGCAGUGGGGGGACGAGCGACGCGACAGUGGCUACGAGACUGGCAACGGGGAGGGAGAAGAGAACAGGGACAUUCCCUAUUGGCCUACUGAGCCUGCGGGUGAGGAAUUGAGGUGUCACGACGAUACGGGUAAGGGAAAAGGAAAGCAGCAGCAGGUGCCCGCAUCCCCGCCGCUGGAAGCGGACGAUGGUGACCCGGCUCCCCCCUCCCCUCUCCAGUCCGACGGCUAUUGUCCCGGCUGGACGCCUGAGGCGACAUUUGACUGGGGCGUCGAGGUUACCGGUGGGGAAGAUCGGGCCAAGGAGAAGGGGAAAGCGGCAGGGGAUGCUGCAGCCUCGUGUGGUGAUGUCUCUGGUGGUGGAGGAGGUGAUAGGGGAGAUGGUGAUCUCAACGGAACUGGGCGGGAUGCAGACGCUGGCGCAGACGCAGGCGCAGAUGCAGAUGCAGACGCAGUGCCGCUGCUGGGUGUUGGCGUCGGCGAUUCGUUCAGCUCCACCGGGCAGGCAUUCUCGUCUUUUUCCUCGUUUUAUUCCGCGGAUGAUGGUGCGUCAGGCGGCUCGGGCGCGUCCUCGUCACAACAACAGCCGCAGCCUCGCGCCGCCCCAGCAGCAGCAGCAACGCCGACGAACCAGGUUCCCGAUUGUAAAUGGGCACGCACGGGAAUGGCCAUGUGGCAGGAGAUCGGGACUGGAUUCAAUGGACUGCCGGAUUUCACAAGCCCGAGGAUGCAAAGGGGCGGAGAAAGAAAUGCAGGCUGGCAAUGA